GAAACCCAAUUGUUCAAGUAGUCCAAUAAUAUUUUUGUUUUUAAUAACCUAAAAGUUUAUUGUGUGUCCUAUUGAUUUUAUUAAAAAUUUUUAAAAGUAAGUUUUAUACAAACAUUUUAAUAUUUUAAGUUUUUAAAAAUGAGAAAAGUUUGCGCCAUUGAAAGUUGUCCAAGUGGUCGAGGUAAUGAGAGUCACGACACAAAACACGACAAGCCUCGUCAGCUGUCUUAUUUUUCCGUAGGGUGUUCGACAAAAUUAAAACGUUGGUCCAAAUCUUUAGGGAUAAAUUUAAAAAUCACAGAUUACAUUUGUCAGUUACAUUUUAAGAAAGAACACAUUAAGGAUUGUGAUCUACUAAAAAUUAGGGAUAUUAUACAUUUUUCUGAUCGACCGAGAAAAUAUCUACUGGACGACGCUCUACCAACCAUCGAACAUCAAUCGAUAGUUGACGACGAACAGCAACAGCCUGUGCAAAUACCAGCGGAUGUAGAUGUUCAGGAGCAAUCAAGUCAUUGCGAUUAUUUAGAAGAGCGGCAAAAAAAUCCACAAGAUACCGAUGAAAAUCAUCGAGAACAAAUAUAUGAACAAACGAGAGAAGAAUUUUCAAAUUCUUUGAAAGAAUUAGCAGAUAGUAUUAUAAGUAGUUAUGUACUGCCAAAAAAUUGGUAUUUUUCAAUGAAUCCACACGGAAUUCACUGUGUUCGCUUUGACCCUGUGAAAAUGCGGAAAACAAAUGAAUUACGUAUAAACAAUAAUAUGUCUGUUACUAUAAUUUGCUCGAAUAACCAAGAAGAGAAUAUCAAUGAAAAAUUAACAUCAAUUGAUGAGCUUCAUAAUUACUUGAAGCAUGUGGAAAAGUGGCCUUUGUGUGUUGGUACUCAGAUGGAAAAAUCGAAAUAUUCGCCGGAAUGCAAAGGAGUAGUUUUUGGUAAAGAAAGAUACAUAAGACGGCAGAGAAAUCCUCGGUGUUAUACCUGUCGUGAACUUCGCAAACGACUUUUAAUGAUAGAAAAUAUUCUAAAACAAUAGAAAUUCACUAAACCAAUUACCUGUAUUUGUAAAUAAAUAGUAAAAAAUUGACCUAUAUGUAAGAAAAAAAAUAAAUGCAGCAAUGCUGCCUUUU